CUAUGAAAUACAGUACCUUGACGCCAGCAAACGACGGCGAAUCUUGGUACACAAUCCACCCGCCCGACGGAGCAGCAACCCAUGACGGCAGAGACAUUUUCAUGGGUGCGCCGACAGACAGACGACAUGCAAGCAGGCAAGCAGGCAGGCAACCGCAGCUACGCCAAAAGAGACCGCACGCGUCAGUCACGCUUGGUCCAACGACGCGGGCACACACCUACGCACGACACAAAAAAAAAACCACCCCGCCGGCGUUUCUCCUCCUGCACGUCGUGGUCCUGGUGCAGAGACGAGACCGCCAGCAGCCCCGACUGCGUCGCGGCAUCAUGCAGAGGGCGGCACCUGCUGUGAACCAGAAACAAGGGACGUGUUCGAGGUAAUUAUAAUCAUAAAUCAUAAACCAUCGUCAUAACACGGCGGGGGGGAUGGGGGCAUGAAUCAUGGGAUGGAUGCGGUGGCGAGGUUGCGGAAUUUUUUAUUUUUUUUUUUUCGCAUCGUCGGCUAUGUGCGAAGUACGCCAUGUACGCUCCUGUGUCAGCCAGCAGCAGCAUCAUCUCUAGUUCCCGCCCGCCUGGCCCCCCGUGUGUCAGCUUCGGCGGAAGGCGGCAGCAUCUGAGAUUUGGGGGCGAGGCGAGUUUCUGCCCGUUUUCGUACCUAGUGGUGUGGGCUUGCAAAGUCCGGGACGGGGGAGGGAGGGGCUCCUUGGGGGGCAUACAACAUAUGUGCGCCCCAAGAUCGAUGGCAACGGCUCGAACCGGAAGCGCCGUCAUGCCAUCCAUGGAUGUUGGUCAAACCCAGACAAUACCGCUCUGUGCAAAAUACAUCACCUCGUAGAGUAGAGAGAGGGUAAAGUAAGACGACAUCAACAGCGACCUUCACUCGCCCGCCAACACUGCACAAGGAACUGCCCUCAUCACUUGCAGAAAGUGCCGACAAAGAG